UAUCAAUAUUAAGUUGGCAGUUCCGCAGCUGCUCUAACUACGUCGACGCUUUUAGUUUUAGCUAUUUUCUAAAAUUUACAAUGCUCGUACAUUAAAUACUGAAAGAAUUUCAGCAUGUAGCACUCGUGUAUACCUACGGACGUGUACAAAAUGAAAGAAGUGGGCAUAGCGCUGCCCACAUCGCGGGGUAUAGGCGUAGGCAUUGUUGGCGCUUUUCUUCUAUUCUUCGUUUUCUAUUAUUUUUAUGGGGGUUACAUGACGCUUACGCUCUUUGCAGCCAUUUUACUACUUAUCUUUUACCAUGCACAAGACCUACUCUUGUAUCAUCCGGAUUUGCCAACAAACUCCCGCAUUUACAUACCCAUCCCCACAAUGCACAACUUGCCGCAUCUUACCGUUAGCAUAAAGACGCCUGAUGGAGUUACACUGCAUGCCUUUUGGAUAAGUCAACGCGAGGAGCGUUGCAAAUCUGUGCCCACACUAAUCUACUUCCAUGGCAAUGCGGGCAAUAUGGGACAUCGAAUGCAGAAUGUGUGGGGCAUUUAUCAUCAUCUGCACUGCAACGUCUUGAUGGUCGAAUAUCGCGGCUAUGGUCUAUCGACUGGCGUGCCUUCCGAGCGUGGUCUAGUAACAGAUGCACGUGCCGCAAUUGAUUAUUUGCACACGCGCCAUGACUUGGAUCAUUCACAGCUUAUACUGUUUGGUCGCUCACUGGGCGGCGCCGUUGUAAUCGAUGUAGCUGCCGACGCUGUCUAUGGCCAAAAGUUAAUGUGCGCCAUUGUAGAAAACACAUUUACUAGUAUACGUGAUAUGGCGGUCGAGCUGGUGCAUCCAUCUGUGAAAUACAUACCAAAUCUAUUGUAUAAAAAUAAGUACCAUUCACUUAACAAGAUAAGCAAGUGCUCGGUGCCUUUUCUAUUCAUAUCGGGCCUUGCAGAUAACCUAGUGCCACCGCGCAUGAUGCGUGCCUUGUAUACCAAAUGCGGUAGCGAACAGAAACGUAUGAUUGAAUUUCCGGGGGGUUCACACAACGACACCUGGAUAGUCGAUGGUUACUACCAAAGCAUUGGAAACUUUCUGGUCGACCUACUGCAGCAGCCUUCUCCGCUGCAAAAGCCACCUGAGAAAAGCAACGUCUGGGUCGAGCUGGAGCAUAAGAUCAUCGAUGUUUAACUCCCCCUUAUUUGAUAGGUAUACACAUACAAACUUACACAAAAAGUGUUCUAUUGACUGUGUUAACACUGCAUUGGUUUAUUACUGAUGCACACAUACA